AUGCCGCCAGCAUUAUAUUCGAUAGCUGUCCUUCUGGCCAUAUCACUUCUUCGUGCAAGCACGUCUACAGGAUCUCCCGCGACAGCAUGUCUUUCCGCGAAUAGGUCGCUCGUGAACUCGAUGCGGAUAGCGACUCUCGUUAGCUUAUACGGUGGCUAUCAGGAUUACGACGAGGAACAUGAUGAUAACUCCGAUGAACAAGAUUCAAGAGGGAUCUCAAAAUCAACUUCGUCCACGCUCUCAUAUUUCGCAAAAAAAUCUCUCUCAUUGACGACCAAAGCCGUUACUGCGUCCGCACAGCAGUCUGGAAAGGCUGCCUACUGGGCUAUACGUCCCAAGCAAGUUGAUCUGAACGAGCUACUGGGUCUGUGGCGCCUCGAUCAACAGGUUAUCUUAUAUCCGAACGAUGGACCCUUAGAGUCCAGCACCAAUCUGGAACUAACUCCCAAAGCUGUUGUUGUAACACUUGAUGGGAAACCCGUCCCGUUCAGCCUUACCUUUACACCGGCACGAUUCCCCAAGUCAGCUAAGGUAGAAUUUACGGCUCGUACGUUUAUUCCGAUUGAAGACGAACAGCCUCCGCUUUUUUUCUACAAAGGAUACGUGCACCGUAAAUUGGCAGAUUUAAGUGUUAUCAAGAUCAAGGGCAAAAUCUAUAGAGUCGAAAGUACAGGGUGGAGGGGGCAGGGGAUCAAGCACGUGAUUGUCGGAACCUUUCUCGCCCGCAAGCGACUCAAGUUGGAUUUUUUUGAUGAUGAUUAUGAUGACGAAGAAGGAGAGGCGUAUGACGAAUGUAGCGAUGGUGGCUACGAUGGGGAGGUCGUUGAAGAUGUAGAAGAUAUCGAUACCUUGGAUGCCGAGAGAAGGGAAUAA